CCACGCUCGACGUGACGUGGGGCUGCGUCACGGCGGUGUGGGAGGGCCGGGGCACAGGCCCGUGCAGCAGCAGCGACGGUGGGAGCGGAGCCGAGUUGAGGGGUAUCGUCGCUGCGUUGUGCCGGGCCCGGGAGCGACCGAAACUUCACUGCCAAGAUGUCCGACGAAGAGCAAGAGCAGACUAUAGCCGAGGACCUGGUGGUCACCAAAUACAAGAUGGGGGGUGACAUCGCUAACCAGGCUCUUCGUCUGGUUGUGGAGGCCGCAAAACCCGGGGUGUCUGUCCUCAGCCUGUGUGAGAAAGGUGACAUGUACAUCAUGGCUGAGACUGGAAAGGUCUUCAAAAAGGAGAAGGAAAUGAAGAAAGGCAUUGCCUUUCCUACCAGCGUCUCAGUCAAUAACUGUGUUUGCCACUUCUCUCCUCUGAAGAGUGACCCCGACUACACACUAAAAGAUGGGGAUCUGGUCAAAAUAGAUCUUGGAGUACAUGUUGACGGCUUCAUUGCCAACGUUGCCCACAGCUUUGUGGUCGGAGCCAAUAAGGAGAACCCUGUCUCAGGCCGAAAAGCUGAUGUUGUCAAAGCUGCCCAUCUGUGUGCAGAAGCAGCUCUCCGCCUCGUGAAACCUGGCAACCAGAACACUCAAGUGACAGAAGCCUGGAACAAGAUUGCACAGUCGUUCAAAUGCUCACCUAUUGAAGGUAUGCUGUCUCAUCAGUUGAAGCAGCACAUCAUAGAUGGAGAGAAGACCAUCAUCCAGAACCCGACAGACCAGCAAAGAAAGGACCACGAGAAGGCAGAGUUUGAAGUGCAUGAAGUCUAUGCCGUGGAUGUCCUAGUUAGCACCGGGGAGGGAAAGGCAAGAGAUUCAGGCCUAAGGACCACAAUAUAUAAGAGGGACCCAACUAAACAAUAUGGUUUGAAGAUGAAGACCUCUCGUACGUUCUUCAGCGAGGUGGAACGGCGCUUUGAUGCCAUGCCCUUCACCCUGAGGGCAUUCGAGGAUGAGGCCAAAGCCCGUCUAGGUGUGGUGGAGUGUGCCAAACACGAGUUGCUACAGCCCUUCAGUGUGCUUCAUGAAAAAGAGGGUGAGUUAGUAGCUCAGUUUAAGUUCACAGUGCUGCUGAUGGCCAACGGACCUCACAGAAUCACCAACGGACCUUUUGAUCCAGACCUCUACAAGUCAGAGCACGAGGUUCAGGAUCCAGAGCUUAGGACUUUACUACAGAGCUCAGCAAGCCGUAAAACACAGAAGAAGAAGAAAAAGAAGGCCUCAAAGACUGCAGAGAAUGCAACUGGGCAGCCAACUGAGGACACAGAAGCCGCUGAAUAAAAACUGCCUUUCCACAAAUGCAAGACCCUAAAGAGAAAAAAGAGAACAUGUGACAUGCUUCCCUAAGCUCUCUGCCUAUUCAAUGGUUACAGUUGAUUCGACAGAGGUAUUAGAAAUUAAUAAAAUUCCCAUAUGUAUCACUACACAAUACGACAAUCCGAUACGGAUGCUUAACCCUUUACUGCAUUAAUGGAAAAGACCUGUGGAAGUUUCUUUCAUUGUUUCCUUAAUUGGACUAACAAAUAAAUUAAAUGGAAUGAGGUGGGAACUUUGUAAUAACUCCAUUGGUCCUUUCAACUAUUUGCCUAUUUUGCUGCUGUUUUUUUCUUAUAAAUUCUUAUCUGAAAUUGUAGAUUACAGCUGGCAUUGAUGGCAAUAAAUUGGCCUAAAUGUCAUUUAAACCCUGUGAUAAGAUUGUGUCUAUUUGAGGGCGUUGUGGAUUCUUCUUUUAUUUUAAUGUUAUGGAUUAAGGUGCAUUGUUCCCUUUUUGACAGAACAACCUGUACAAGCCAUUCACACUUGUUGCAUUGUCAUCCCUUUGGUUUGUCUUGUUAAUCAGAUUUUUUUUUUUUUUUAAUCUUGCCUUGAAUUAUUAAACUGAAGUGUUCAUUUUUAACUAAUCAAGUUGUUCCCCUACCAUGCAGUAAAGGGUAGCAACAUCAGAGUACCUUGACAGUUUUAAGAAAUAUGGAUAUAAUUUUUUUUCCUCUACAGGGUAAAUUACACUAAACUACACUACUGAACAUUUUUGAACCACUCUAGAUUUUGAUGCAAUAAUGGAAGAGAAUACAUUUUUAAAAAGUCUUUGAGCAAGAAGUCAAACGUGCCAUCAGCUUGACUUGAGGGAACAAACUGCCACCUUUACUGCCAUUCCCCUUUAUGAUAAAGAUGCAAAUCUAUAUUGUAUGUUUGGCUGUGAGAGGGAAACAACACUUUUUUUUAUCAGUGACACCUGUGACUUGAUUUACUACAUCUUUAUUCUUGUGAAGCAUGAAAACUUAAACUUUUUUGUUUUUUGGAACAUCUCAUUUUUUUGGGAGGUUUUCGGAUCAGUUGGACCAGUACAGUAAUUUCAUGUACGUUAUUAUUGGGUCACAUUUGUCCACAGCUGAGCAUGUUGGAAAAGGCUGAAUCCUGCGUUUUAGCUCAGCCACUGGGCUCUGGAACUUUACAUCAGCUAAAUAAAAAAAGGUUUUCUUACUCG